AUGCAUACUAUUAUAAGUAUGGCUUCUGCUAGAUUCUAUUAUACGAGUAUAGGUGAUACAAUCUGUUGUGAUACUUGUGAAUUAGGAGUAUCUAGAUGGAUGUUAGACGUGAAACCAUUUGUUAUUCAUGCACAACGCAGCCCCAAAUGUGCAUUUGUUCGCUCAAUUCUAUUUGAUGAUAUGACUCCUAAAUCAUUAACGAUAAAUCUUCGUGAAAUGAAUUCGGCGUUAAUGAAUGAUAAAAAGCCAUCUAAACAUCAGAAAAUUGAAGCAACACAACAAAUACGAAAACGAACUUUUUCACAUUGGUCACAUAGAACAUCACCUUCAAGUGAACAAAUGAUUGAAGCUGGUUUCUUCAAUUGUAAUGUUGGUGAUCGUGUCAUUUGUUUAUAUUGUAAUCUUAUUUGUCAAAAAUGGACACCACAUACAGAUGAUCCAUGUCAAAUACAUAAAACACUUUCUCCUAAAUGUCCAUAUGUCAUUUCAAUGUUAGAGAAUCAACCAAUAUCAUCAGUUCAUAUCAUUAAUGAACAGGCUGGAUUUUUUUGUACUGGCAAUACAAUUAUUGUGACAUGUUUUUAUUGUAAUGGAUCAUUACGGAACUUCGGAGCAAACGAAAAUCCAAUCGUUGAACAUAUUCGAUGGUUUCUACAUUGUGCAUUUGCUAAAGAGUUGUGUGGUCCAGCGUUGUAUCGAGAAAUUCAACAAGUUGAAGGAAGACAUGACAAUGAUGAGGAUGAUGAAGUCACUUUCUCAUCUCAUAUUAGAAGUCGUCUUGAUUUAUCGAUCUCGCAAAAUUUAAUUGCUCAAGGUUUCCAUUUAUCAAUCAUCAAACGUUGUUAUAAAGAUCAAUUCGAUUUAAAACAUGAUGAUUUUGCUGAUGAUUCCGAUCUUCUAGUGGCUUGUAUGAUUCUUCAGAAACAAAUUGAACGUAUUGAUAAUAAGAAAGAAAAUAUUAUUAUUCCGAAUAUAAAAAUGAACGAGAUUCGUCUACGAGAACAAACAGGUGUUUGUAGUUCAACUUAUAUAUGA